AUGCGAUGUGUUCACUUGUUCUAUUUCUUUAUUUCCAGUAACUUCAUCAGUUCCUUCUUCAUAUUCAUACCUGUCCCUACCGCAUACACUGGAGCUCUCUUCCUUUGGCACAUCAUCAUUGUCACCUUCAAUUUCUUUAACAAUGAUCCCUUUCUUGCAGGAAAUUCCUCUUCAACUUUUAUUUCUAUAUUUAUCUCCACCACAUUCGCAGUUUCUCCAUGUUCCUCCCCUCCUAGUUCUGAUGUACAUUCAGCAUCCUUGUCUUUGCAUUUUGCUUUAGUUACAUAUUUCUUCUGCAGGAAAACCUCUUCCUUCCUUCCUUUGUCCACCCACCCACUUCUUUGCUUCCAUUUCCGUAUUUCUGUCUUUUAUCCUUCAUUCCUUUCUAACUUCCUUUCAUACCAUUCUUUCUUUUACUCUGGCUUACUCCCUCCCUCCCCCUUUCUUCAUUUCUUUUCUGAUCUUUUUUUUUUCUUCUUUUCAUUCUUUUCUAUGACUUUUCAUUCAUCCACUCUUCAGUUCCUUCUCCUUCCUUUCCUUCAUCUUUUUCUUCCAUCCCCACUACCCUGCUUCUGUUUUCUCCCCCAUUUGUGUUCUUCCAUUUUUAAUCUUGUCUUCAUUAGAUCAUUUCUUCUUCCCCACCUACUAUCCCCCCUCCCCACACCCGAUGUUUUUCUUUUCUUCCUACUUUUGUCUAUGCAUUCCUAUUCAAUCUUUUGGGGAUUUUAUUUUCUGCAUUAUUUUCUUUCAUUAAUUCCAUUUCAACCUUUUUCUCUCGUCGCUCUUAGUCAUUCAGUUGUUCUUACUUCCUUCUUUUUUUUUAUUUCCCACUUUCUUUCUUUUUUUUUUUUUCCAUUAUAUUUUUUGUCCAUUUUCUUCAACCUUCACUUAUUCCUCCUGCUUUUAUUCUCUUUUCUUUUCUAUUUCAUGUCUUUUCUUUCUCUACUUAUACAUGAUGUUAUGUUUUUUUAUUUCUUUUCUCCCUUUUGGCUUUUUUCUUUCCUUGGACUUUCUCACUUUCUGACCUUCCCUUUCUUCCAUAUGUUCUUUUCUAUUUCCUUAUAUUUUCCUUUCAUUCCUACAUUACUUUGUCUUUUUUCCUGUUUAUUUCUUUCAAAUCUGUUCCCUUUGCUCCAUAAUAUUUCUUCCUCCUUUUCUCCUAAUUCCUUUUAUGUCUUCUUUCCUUUUAGCUUCUCAUUUCAAUUCAACUUGUUUUUUCUUUUAUUCCAUUUUCCUUCAUUUACAUUUUUCUCUUUCAUUUUUAUUCUCGUUCUCUCUUGA